UCCAUUCCAUGCCCAUUCUUUUUUUAUUAUCGUGUAAAUCAUGUAUUUCUUCUCAUUAUAAGUUAAGAAAUAAUUAAUUAAUUCUAAUCUAUUUUAGAACCCAAUAUUUGCUCCAAGUGCAGUCUUUCACUAUGGAUUUAACACAAAAUGAGUCCUCAAAUGAGGACCCCUUGUCGCGCUGCCGCGCCUGCUUGUCGUCCGACGUUAGAUUGUUCAACAUGCAUCAAUAUAAACUUGACAACGCCUUCGCGAACAUCACAGGGAUUUCUAUCGACAAGGACCAACUCCAGCAGUACCUGUGCGUGUACUGCGGCACUCAGGUGCUUAAAAGUGCAUCCUUUAGAGACAUGUGCCUGCGCACACACCAGAGUUUAACCUCAGAGCAGGCCAAGGAAAAGAUUGACAUAGAAGUCAUUUGCAGAAUAAAUUCUUCCAACCAAUUCCUGGACCUAACCUUAACUGAAAUCCAAAUCAUAGAAUGUAUAGAUAUAGCAUCAGCUGAAACAGCCAUAGAAAGUAUAGAUGUAGCACCAGCUGACACAGCUAUAGAAUGUAUAGAUGUAACACCGGCCAACGCAGCCAUAGAAAGUAUAGAUAUAACACCAGCUAACACAGCUAUAGAAUGUAUAGAUGUAACACCAGCUGACACAGCCAUAGAAAGUAUAGAUGUAACAUCAUCUGUAGAUAUACCGCCAACUGACACAACCAUAACCUGUAUAGAUACUACAGAUAUUGACCUCCCAUUAAAUGAUAUUGACCCAGAGGAUAUCAAUAUAACCCUUGAAACAAAUUUAGACUAUGCUGAUAUUGAAGAUGCUAUAAGGAGAAACAAUCAACCAAAAAAAGGAUACAAAAAUAAAAAGCCGGUUAAUAAUAUUAGCAACAAUAAAAUUCUUAAAACAAAUGUCAAAUCUGUUGUAAAGAAAACUGAUGAAAAAAUUUCAUACGAAAUACUAAAAGCAUUAAAUGCCAAUGAUCACCUUCUUAAACAAAGUGUAAAACUUGAUCAAAUAGAUGGUAUUACUGGAAAAACCGAUUCAAAACCUUCAGUCAUGUGGAAAAGGAGAAGAGAAGAUUCAAAAACGAAUGAUGAAAAACCGAAACUGAAUAAAAAACGUAAAAUUCAAAGACCGAAUGUAAAAUUUGUUGGAGUAGAUGGAAUUAUAAAGAAAACUGAUUCAAAGGUUGAAUAUGAAAAUCAGAUGCAGGUUCUUAACAUAAGUAAAGAUAAACUGAAAUAUAUUAAAAGUAGAAUGAGAACGAUUGGGGACAGUCUCAAGAAAAAGAUGAAAAUAGUAAUUGGGGAAAAUAAUGACAGUAUUCCAGGAGAUAUUAAGAUAAAUGUUGAAACGAAAACUAAUGUUGAAGUGAAUGGCGUCAGUAACGUAGGUAUUAUUAGAAUGCCUGUAAAAAUUAGACAAGAAAAUUCGAGAAAGGAUGCACUUAAGAAGAUAGAUAUGAAAAUGAUGCUGAAAUCAAAGAAAAUGGUAAUUCGUUAUAAAAUAAGAAGGAAACCGGAGAAUAAUUAUUUGCCGGUGUUUGAUUUUGCUAAAUUUGAGAGUGACUAUAAUGUGAAAAUUGUGACUUUGAGCAAGGAAGAGCAACUGGAGGAAAUCGCCUCGCGUAAGAAGUCCAAGAAGUACUCGUACCAGUGUGAGGCCUGCGGAAAAGGGUUUAAUAUGGAGCUGGCAUACAACAACCACAUCAUUAGGCACAAUCCGAGUGAAGGCGCGUUUUCUUGCGAGAUCUGUUCCAUACGCUUCCGACGCAAUUGCCAUCGCCAAAGACAUCAGGACACCCACCGACUGAAGUAUAUAUGCCAGUCGUGCGACUUUGUGAGCAGACAGAGGGAGCAAGCGCAGAAACACCACGCCAUGCAUGAAGGCAAGACGUUCCAGUGUCGUCACUGCGGGAGGACUUUCCUCAAGCAUACGUCGUGUUACUCCCACAUGCGGCUGGCGCACCCCACGCUGAAUGUGACCUGCAACCUGUGUGGGGAGACCUUUAUCGGGCUCCACGGCCUGAGGUACCAUCAGAAGAUCACUCACGCCAAGAAGCGGCAAGAAUUUAAGUGCACUGUGUGUUCAGCCACCUUCCUUAGCAUAGAGGCUCUGAACAGACACACAGACACGGCCGGCGAGCACGCAGACCUGCGGUCGUGCGAGCAGUGCGGCGAGAACUGUGCGAGCGAGGACAAGCUACAGGAACAUGUUAAAGAGACACAUCCCGAGGAGUCGUAUCGUUGUGACGCGUGCGACAUCUCGUUCCCGAACGCAUCUGCGUUCAACACACACAAACUGCGCAACCACCUCGGGGUGCGCUACUCCCACGCUGCCGCCCCGCGCCGCCAGUACACGUGCGUGCUGAACGAGCACGGGUCGCGGGUGUGCGAGCAGUGCGGCCGUGUCAUGAAGAGCGCAGCCCACCUCCGGUACCACUUGCUGCGAGACCAUCAGGACGUGAAGCUGUUCGCCUGCAACGAAUGUCCGAAGAGAUUUUUCAACAAAGCAGUGUUGCGGUACCACAUGCGGUCGCAUACCGGGGAGAGGCCGUUCCAGUGCCCCGCGUGCCCGCGCGCCUUCAGCAUGAAGGCGAACUUCAAGCGACACCACCUCACCGCACAUGAAGGCCUCCGCAACAAGAUCCCGUGCUACAUCUGCGGACGAGAGUUCACCACGAAGAACUCCAUGGCGAUGCACGUGAGCACGGUGCACGGCGGCCGCCCGUGGCCCCGCCGGGACCGGAGCAAGCGCCCGAAAAACACUACCAAGAUGACACAUGACAAAACAAAUGACACGGCAAAGGCAUGAUAAGACUUGAGAUGUAACUAUGUUUCUUUUAUUUUUAGCAUUUUUAUAUAUUGUCAAAUUUUUUGCAACUUUUGUGUUAUAUCCACUCUAAAAUCACGAGCUCUUUCGAUCCUCAUGGGAUAAAAAAUGGACCAUAGUUUUUUUCCUAUUGUGUUACACUUUGUAUGGCGGUAACAAAGGAAAGAUUAAAAAUGUAUGGAAAUUCUACGACAUUUUUUUCUCCUAUAAGGAUGAAAAGGGCUCGCGAUCCUGACUAGAAAUAAUACAAUAGUGGCAUUAAGUUCACAAUAUAUAAAAAUGGCAAAAAAUAAAAGAAACGCUCAGGUACAGUCAGCAGCAGAAGUUGCUAAACGAGCGUGGUGUUCAAAAUUACCUUGACACGCUCUUAAGACCUGUGCACACCGGAUGCGUGUGCGUAGACGUGCACGUGCGCGAUGCAGUAUACAGAUCUUUAUGAGAGACGGCACACCGCUUGCGUGACGUGUGCGUGUGCGGCUCCAACAUUAUAUAGGGCACGCGCACGUGCAUGUCACGCGCACGCUGCCGGUGUGCUCUGGCCUUUAUUCUCUUAACAAUAAAGGCGUAUCCGGACUAGUCAAUUUUUCGCGAAACUGAUUAAAUUGCCCGAUCGAAUCAGGACGCAAACGCCAAUUUGGCCGAAUUCAACCGCCGAUAAUGACCGAUAUUACCGAUAAAAUGAGGUGCGGACGCAAGAAUACCAAUUUUUGAGGCCAGUAUUUUCGUUCUGGGGCAUUUUUACAAGCUUUUAUUUAGUUUCACCUGACCGUUGUCUGUCUGUGUGUAAUCAAAUCUUACAAGUUAAAUUUGAUCCACUUCCCGGUUUCCGAUUGAGCUGAAAUUUUGCAUACAGACGUAAGUCGGGUGACAAUGCAAUAUUAUGGUUUCAUCGACCUGAUCUGAUGAUGGAGACCGGCGGUGGCCAUAGGAACUCUGUGAUAAAACAACGAAACCUAAUUGUGUUUGGGGUUUUUAGAAUUGUCUCGAUGAGUAUUAGUUGCAUGUGGAAAAAAAAGUACAGUCGGCGAUAAAAGCUUGUACCAAAAAUGAAAUGUUUGCCAAAAACUUAUUUCAAUUUAGAGGGCUCUAUUAUCACCAUAAAUCUAAAAUUGGAGAUUGGCGCCAAUUUAAUUUCUGAUCAAAUCGACCGAUUUGGUCAGUCCCGUCUGGAUACCGCUUAAAGUCGCGUCAAGAUCUUUUUGAACACCUCGCCCGCUUAGCAACAUCUGCUGCUGACUACUUAAAAAUACAAAUCGGUAUAUAAAAAAGAUGAUUUUGUUCCCUAGUUGCAAAGACACAUGAAUCUAGUAUUAAAACUGGAUCUGGCAUGAGGGUGGGGAGAAGUGACCGAACAGAAUAGUCUUAUGUAUCUUUCAGUAGGAGUAGCAGCGAAAGAGCUAUUAUUGUUUGUCCUUGUCAUAGUCUCACAUUUUAUUUGUUCCCCACCUUUUUUUAGUAUGGAUUAUGGUGGGCAACAAAUGAAUUCGACCAAUCACAGUGUCGCAUUUGCGUAUGUUAAUCCCUCACGGAGGCACGCGUAUACCACUUCUAUACAAUCCUACCUUCUAUGCAAAGACAUGACAAAUCAUGUGAAAAACUCGUCCAUAAUGUACCUUUAUUUUUUAUGAUAAUAAUGAAAAUAAAUUU